CUGACCUGUUGACUGCCGCCGCCCAGCCAGCCAUUAUGAUAUUAUAAAAAGAUGGAGCGCCUAAAUCGAUCUUGUUUCUUCAAUCAAUACCGCCGGAUCAAUGCUUCUCUCCAACAUAGUGAGCAUAGACGUGGGCGGUCAGCUUUUCCAGACGACCAAACAUACCCUUACGCAAGCAGGUUCGCAGUCCCUUUUCUCCCAACUCCUCCUCGCAAAUCCCGCUUCGUCCCUUCCCUUCUUCAUUGACAGGGACCCGGAGCUUUUCUCGGUUCUCCUGUCCCUCCUCAGGACUGGGAACCUCCCUUCAAGGGCAAAGGCCUUUGAUGUCCAAGAUCUGAUUUUCGAGUCCCGAUUCUACGGCAUAGAGCAGCUCUUGAUCAAUUCCACAUCCAACCCUUCUCUGCUUGACCCCUUCAACCUCCAAAAAUCAAUGGUUUUGCCGUUCAGCGGCAGAGACUCGCCUGCCUCCAUUGCCACCACCCCAUCCGGAUCCCUUCACGUUGCGCACGGCAGUAAGGUCACCUCCUUCGAUUGGGCUCUGCAGAGGAAGUCAACCAUUUUGACCCCAUUCACCGCCAUCGAUUCUCUCUUGGCUUUGUCCCCCAAUGUCGUUGCAGCUGGCGCCACCGAUCUUUCAGGCCUCCAGAUUCUUGACGUCGAUCAGGGUUCCGUUACAGAUACCCUCCAGUGGGAAAACGUCACUCGCUCCGACUCCACCGUUCUUGCAAUCGGCUCAUCCCAUCAAUAUAUGUUCACUAGCUUCGAGUCCGGGAGGAGGAACUCCAGCUGUGUUAUGGUCUAUGAUCUCAACACCUUCAGGCCUGUGACUGAGAUCGGCCACUGCGAGAUCUUCGGGGCCGACCUCGAUUCUGCCAUUCCCGCCACGAAGCUGAGGUGGAUCCCCACUCAUAACCUGCUCAUGGCUGCCGGGUCCCACAGCGGGCCCUCCGGCGUGUCCGGCAAUGUCAAGUUUUGGGACCUGAGGUCCAGGAACACCGCUCCCGUGUGGGAGGUGAAGGAGAGAGCGGAUUGCUUCUCUGACAUUACUGUCACCCCGGGCGGCAUGUUGUUCAAAGUCGGAGUCCACUCCGGAGAGGUUUUCUUUGCUGAUUUCAGGAACAUCCUCAGCAGCAGCAGCGAUGACAGUGUUUGGGUUUGCCUCGGUGGUGCAGACGGGUGGAGGACAGGGAACAACAACAAUAAGAAGAAGAAGAAGGAAGGGGUCGGGUGUAGGAUCGAAAGUCAUGGGAACCAAGUGUUUCGCAGUAAGGGGGGACAGAUAGAGUUGUGGUCGGAGGUUUUGGUAGGGUCGGGCAAUGGCGGUGGGGUUUUCCGCAAGAACACGAUGGGGGAGACAUGGAGUGAUAGUAAUAGUAUUACCCAUAUGAGCUUUGGAGGGAACAAGAUGUUUGUUACUCGGAAGGAUCAGCAAUAUGUUGAGGUUUGGCAGAAUUGUGUGAGCAGCAGAUUACUUUAGUUACUUACUUACUUUCCAUAUGGUAUACAUGCAGCGGCUCUCUCUCCCUCUUUCUGGAUGGGAAGCUGUAGCUUGUGGAUCAAUAACCCUUCCAAGUCUUCUUCACUCAAAUGCUCAUUCAUUCAUUCAUGUAAUAUUAAUAAU